GUUUUUGCUGCUUUUUGAUCAUCCUUAAGUUCUCGGCUUUAUUUGAUAAAUUGGCUUUGGUGUCUAGCAUUGUUUGUCAUGGCAAACCAUCGUUCUUUCACUAAUAAUAUCAACAACAUUCUCAACAGCCCCUACAACCACUCUGCUUAUCCUCCAACUACUUCCACUUCAACUGACAACAGCGACGACAACAACAAUAACAAUGAUCCCCAUAUUAACAAUAUUAAUGGCGAAAACAACACAAAUGCUGAUACAUCCUCUAUUGACUAUGGCAAUUUGCCCAACUAUUCUGACACAAAUACUCCUUUAUUGAAUUCUCAGUUAAAUACCUACUAUACUUCCAAUUUAGAUAAUUUAAAUUGCUUAAAUACACCUAAUGAUUCAAAUAACUCAAUCACUUUGAAUGGGUUUAAUAAUCCAAAUGAUUCAGAUACAUCAAAUGACGGAGAAGUAAAUCAUUUCGUCGAAACAUCUCAUCAAAAUAAUAUUCGAAAUAAUAAAAGAUCAAGGAGCCAACUAGAAAGUCAAAAUGUAAUUCAAAAUGAAUUUAAUGGCAAUAGAAAUAAUAAUACUCGAAUAACUAGAAGUAAAAGACAGAAAGUGGAAAUAGUAAGCUUGCUUUCUGAUAAUGAAGGCGAAAAUAACAGUGAUAGUGAUAGCUUCAAUGUCAAUGGAAAUUCUAUUUCAAUUAAUAAUUGUGCCACCACUAUUAGUCGAACUAUUCGUCGGACUAAUAAUGAUAUUCACAAUAUUUUAAAUAUAAAUAAUACAGACUCAAAUGCAACCAUAAACAUAAAUACAACAACUUAUACCAAUAAUAACAGUGGCAAUAAUCGCAAUAAUAAUAAUAAUAACAACAACGAUAAUAAUAAUAAUAAUAAUGAUAAUAAUAAUAAUGAUAAUAAUAGUAAUAAUAGUAAUAAUAAUAAUAAUAGUAAUAAUAAUAGUAAUAAUAAUAAUAAUAAUAGUAAUAAUAAUAGUAAUAAUAAUAAUAAUAAUAGUAAUAAUAAUAAUAAUACCAAUUCCAAUUCUGUUACAAACCGUAUUAUUGAAUCUAUUGCUGAUCUUUCUAGUAUCAAUAACCUGUUGAUUGAAAACAAUCAGCUUCAUAGUCAUUUUAAUAAUCGUUUUAGAAAUCCAACCAGAUUUAGCAAUAGAAAUUCAAGUUAUCUUUUAGUUGCUGAUGGAAAUGAUAUCAGCAAUCAUAUAAAUAGCCAUAUAAACAAUAGAAAUAAUGAAAUUGUCUCGUAUACCCCUAUCGGUAAUGAAGAAGAUGCUAACUAUAAUGGAAAUCUAGAUAAUGAAAUCGAUGCUUCCAAUGGAAAUGAAAAUUUUAAUGAAAACCAAGUUUCCAAUAAUCUUCAUGAUAUUAAUAACAGCAUUGAUAGUAAUUAUAUUAAUACUGAGACCAUAAAUCUUAAUAUUGAAAAUGAUACCGAUGAUAAUACCGAUGAUGAUACAGACGACGAUAAAAACGAUGAUUCAACUAUUCAAUUUAAUGAUAACGUUGAGCUUGCCUUGCCGAAUCACCGUACAAAUAAUAAUAAUAAUAAUACUAUCCCUUCAUUUAAUAUUACAUCAAGAACUCGUUCCAGACUUCGUUCAAUAAAUGAAUCUUUUUUUGAUAUAAGUAAUGAUAAUACUACUAUUACUACUACUACUGCUACUAAUGAUGAUAAUAAUAAUGGUGAUGAUAUUUCAGAAGUUGUUCCAAAUAAUAUUAUUGAUCUUGAAACAUCUCAAAAUGAUUUAGAAAUCAUUGGUAGUAAUGAUUUAGAAAUUAUUGAUACUACUAAUAUCUUGAAUGAUAAUGAUGAUGCUGUUCAGGAAAUUAUUAAUCCUAAAAGACUCAAUAAGAAUAAAAAAAAUCAUAGUAAUAAUAAUAGUAAUAAUAAUAAUAAUAAUAAUAAUAAUAAUAAUAAUAAUAAUAAUAAUAAUAAUAAUAAUAAUAAUAAUAAUAGUAAUAGUAAUAAUGUUAAUAAAUUUGAUGUCGAUUCUGAUUCCGAUUUAGAAAACCACGAAAUGAGUGAAGAGCUAUUGAAAGAAAACAAAAAUGAAAAAAACUUGUCAUUAAAUUCAUUGGAAUGUCCGAUUUGUUUUGAUAAUCCUGAAUCAACGUUAACGUUGGAUUGUGGACAUUUUUUCUGUUUUGAAUGUUUAUUUAAAUCGUUUAAUAUGUCAAUGGAAAGAAAGAAAAUCAAAGCAAAUUGUCCAUUGUGCCGAAAAUUGUUUGGGUUUAAACAAGUUCGAUUAUUGGUAUUUAAAAUAGCACCGAAUCAAUAGAGGAAAGAAGAGAAAAAGAUUACACAAAAAGGAAAUGUUUUUGGGGAAUUUCCUUUGAUAUUGCUUUUAAUGUGUUUUUGGUAUAUAUACUUAAUACUCAAUUACAGUAAUUGUUUGUUUAUUUGUUCAUUUGUUCAUUUUC